AUGCUACCUGGCGCCGUUUUCCGUUGCUGGACCCCGUUGCGUGCAACUGCCCGCGCUCUGCCUCACAGAACGGUUCUGAACCAGGUCCGAUAUGUGAGGAAUCUUCCAGGAAAUGCAGCAGAGGCUGCUGCCCAGUUCAGAACCACCAGCAUCUACAAAAAGAUAGCAGACAAUCCCGAAGCAAUCGCCGCGGUGAACAAGCUCUUGGAGCUGAUGAAGGAGAAGGGUUUUGGCUUCGACGCGGGAAAGCCUCCGUCCCCCAUGCAAAUGUUCAAGAUCGGCCGCGACCCUGAGGUUCGUCAAGCAAUCAUAACAGCCUUAGCUCAGCUCGAAUCGGCGGGUAUAGACGUCACGUCCAAGGAAACUAUGGAUGAGAUCAUGGGCGCAAAUAGGAAACCGUGA